AUGGAAACGAAUUCCGUGCAAACGAUCACGCUAACAAAUAGUAUCAUUGGUGUGGGCAUUCUCUCCAUGCCCUUUUGUUUUCAAAAAUGUGGCAUUGUUCUUUCUAUAGUGCUUUUGCUGCUAAGUAGCUACGUAACUCGAUUGGUGUGCAGCUACAUGGUAAAGUCGGCUAUAAUUUCAAGGCGGAAAAAUUUUGAACAAAUUGCAUUUUACGCGUUUGGAUCCGGUGGCAAACUGCUGGUGGAGCUAUGCGUCGUGGGUUACCUGCUGGGAACAUGUAUUGCUUACUUCGUGGUGGUCGGUGACCUUGGCCCCCAGAUCACGGCCAAGAUCCUGUCGAUGACGGAGAGCGAUAGUCUUCGAACAUGGGUUAUGAUCGUGGUCACCAUCGUGUGCAUCAUUCCGUUAGGAAUGUUGCGAAACGUGGACAGCCUUGCGACGGUAUGUACGGCCUCGCUAGGAUUUUAUCUGUGCCUUGUGCUCAAGGUGGUGUUGGAGUCCAGCGAGAAGUUUCAGCACGACGGCUGGUUUGAUCGGCUAGACCUGUGGAACUGGAGCGGAAUACUGCAGUGUAUGCCGAUUUUCACCAUGGCCCUGUCCUGCCAGAUGCAAAUAUUCGAAGUGUACGCCACGAUGCCAACGACAUCGCUGGAUAAAAUGAGCCGCGUCAUUCGGCAGUCGACGAACAUUUGCACGAUGAUCUACAUUGCGAUCGGGUUUUUCGGUUACGUCGCAUUCAAUGGGCAUCGAUUUUCGGGCAACAUAUUGGUAGACUUUUCGCCGUCCUUCGCGAGCGAUAUUAUAAAGAUGGGGUUUGUUUUGUCGGUGGCUUUCAGCUUCCCGCUGGCCAUUUUUCCCUGCAGGGUGAGUUUGUACUCGUUGCUUUACAAGCGCGCGUCUGAUGGGCACAUGUACAUUCCGGAAUCAAAGUUUCGUCCACUGACGAUCGCGAUCGUUGUCGUGGCGCUUGUGUUUGGUUUGCUGAUACCAUCGAUCGAGGUGGUGAUUGGUUUGGUGGGGUCGACUAUUGGGGUUGCAAUAUGCUUGAUCAUACCGGCCGCCUGUUACAUGACGAUCUGUAAGACAAACAUUAGCGAAAAACAGUUGGCUCAGGUCAUGAUUGCUUUCGGGUUUAUUAUCAUGGUGCUGGGAACGUACGCAAACUUACAAGCGAUCGAUCGUGCGCCGGCCCGCAACUAUGAUGCAACCGUUGCGCCAGUUGUGCUUGAAAAGCUUUUCGGCAAAUCAGAGUCACUCGUAGGAAAGAAGCCAUUCGAGGAUCUCAAACCUCAGGCACCGGCUCCGCCGGCAGUUAUGCCAGUAGAAGCUGUUACAGAGAAGGUCAUACCAAAGAUAGAACCGCCAAAUGUGAAUAUCGCGAAAACUCCAGAAAAGCCAGUAAUGCUUGAAACCGAGCAGAAGGAUGCACUGGCCGAGGGCAAAGCACCGGUAGAGUCCAUAUCCCGGCCGAACGCAGUUGAUCUGCCCAAGAGCCACCCUCGGGUGUCCAUUAACAAAGAAGCGAUUCUUAAGGAGGAGCACGAGAUCGCCGUGGAGGAGAAGGAAAAUAUAGCUAAAGAAAUCAACGAGCUUAAAAAUGCGAAAAAAGUACUGCAGGCUGAGGUGGAAAACAUCAAGGAAGAACUGGUGAAGAAAAACAAAGAAACGGAACAGUUGGUGCUGAAAAAGCUGGAUGAGAUAGUGGAAAAGAUCGCAGAGCAAAGUGCCGGAAAAACAUCACACGAAAGCGAUCCUGCCCCGGUAAAGUCGCUGGACGGAUUCGGAUCGGAUGGCGCUCUUCCCGCGCCUGGAUUUAAGGACGGAAAGAAGGACUUCGGAGACGCUCCCAGCGAUCCGAUCGUUCAGUUGCUCAAAGCAGGCGGGAACAAUAAAACGAUCCCCUUAGUUUUGGCGAACCCUGGUGGGAAGGAUGCUGUGAACGGAACUGAUAACAACGAACGUUCAAGUUCUCCAUCGAAUUACGCGGAUCAGCAUCCGGCCGAAGGUGCUGGUGCUGGCGAGAUACUCGUUGAACCCGUGGCCACUGAAAAGUUGCCAGCGGCAGAACGAAAAAGCGAGGAAAAGCAUGAAUUAGAGCCUUCACAGGAUGAAAAACGGGCAGUAGUAAACGAAAAUGAAGCAUCACAGCUCCGAAUAGAUAGCCCCAAGUACGGCGGUCCGUUCAAAAAGGAGCCACAGGGCAACGUGCAAGAAGCAAAGCAAUCGGAGGUGAAAGCGCACCUACCGCAGGACAGCGAUAAAAUCAAAGAAAACCAACCAUUACCACCGUUACCGGUAGAGGAAAAGGUUGAGGAACGGCAGCCAAAGCCACCGGAUGAAGGCGAUGGAGGACCGGGCGGCAAGCGUGAUUUGUUGGCGAUGCGACUGAAGCGAGAUGCCGAAAUGGCCAGGUCGGAAAAUUGUCCGAAGCGCGACGCGUCGGCCGAAAUGGAUGGUAUCAGGGAAAGUAAACCACCCACCGUGAUUGAAUCCGAGCCGAAGUCGGAGAAGGAUGGAUUUCGAUAGAAAGUUAUUUACAGACUGAAUAAACGAGACGGGGGUUUAUUUUUGGAAUUCCUUUAUAAC